GUAUUGAAAUUCUUAUAUCCUAAGUGUGUGGGAUUGCCACCGAAUCAUAGAAUAUAUCAAUGAUUUCUAAGUAAAUUACAGCAGAGAGAGAAUAAAGAAAAACUAGACAGGGAAGAGAAGAGAGCGAAGAAGAAGACAAAAGAUACUUGAAAUUUGAUUGAAAUUUAUAAGAAACUAUUAAACAUAACACUUUAAACUUAUGAACAACAUGCAAUAGAUUUCUCAACGAAUCUAUAGCAUUGUAGAAGGAAUAAGGUGGACAAAAAGAAAGAAAUAUCUCUUAUUAUCAAUUGAAAUACUUGAUUAAAUUAGAAAAACAAAAAUGCAGAGUAUAUGCCUAAUUAGGAUAACUAUAGUUAUCCCACUAAUUAUUUUAAUAGCGAAGUUAACAAAUUUAAAAGCGGAGUUAGCCGCUGGAGAUCCUAACGUUUGUACAAAAAAUAGAAAGUGAGUCUGUCUGUCUGUCUCUGACUUUAAGUAUUGGCAAAAACAAGGUAUUUCUUAUUCAACAGAGUAUUUAGAGAAGUAACAGUUACUUACAAGAAACCAACUGUUUAUAAAACUUACACAUGGUGUUUUAGUAUACCUCCAAGAUGUACCGAAUAUAUAAGGAAAGAAGUAACAGCUACAAAAGUUGAAAUGAGGGAAUUCAAUGAAGCCUAUUAUGUUUGCUGUCCGGGGUAUUCUGAACACAAGUCAUCUUGUAUACCCCACUGCAACAAUCCGUGCGUUCAUGGAAUUUGCACAAGACCUAAUUAUUGCUCUUGUGCUCAUGGUUAUAGUGGAUUAACUUGUUCAUCUACUUGUUCUCCAAAUAAAUGGGGGCGUAAUUGUGAGGAAAGUUGCAAAUGUCAAAAUGGUGCCCGUUGCCUACCAGAAUCAGGGCAAUGCAUAUGUCAAAAAGGCUAUAUUGGUACCUACUGUGAUAACAAAUGUCCACCAGGAUAUUAUGGAGGUAAUUGUCAGUUUGCAUGCCUAUGUAAAAAUGGGGCAAAAUGCGACCAUAGAACUGGAGCCUGCAAUUGUGCUCGUGGCUUUAGAGGCCCAUUAUGCUCGGAAAAAUGUCCAUCUGGAAGUCAUGGAAGUGACUGUAAAGAAAUAUGUCAAUGUCAAAAUGGUGCAACUUGCCAUCACAUAGAUGGAUCUUGCAGUUGUCCACCAGGAUGGACGGGUCAAGUAUGCGCCAAUAGAUGUCCAAAUCUGAAAUACGGUUUAAAUUGUAAUCAAUCAUGCGCUUGCUAUAACGGAGCGUCUUGCGACGCUGUAAACGGAGUUUGUAAAUGUGCUGUGGGUUAUAUAGGAGAUAAAUGCGAAAAUGAAUGUCCGCCUGAUACUUUUGGACUUGAUUGCCUGGAGCGAUGUAAAUGUCAUAAUGGUGGAGUUUGCUCCCAUAUAGACGGUACUUGCGAUUGUCCUCUUGGCUACAAAGGAGCAACCUGCUUGGAAAGAACUUGUGCCGAAUGGCGCUUUGGAAGCCAGUGCGAGAGCAAUUGCAGUUGUGAUCAGAGUAAGACAAUUACUUGUCAUUCAUAUACGGGUAUCUGCUCGUGUAAAGCUGGAUGGAGAGGAAUAAAUUGUGAUGAACCUUGUCCACCUCCAUUUUACGGAAUGAAAUGCAGCUCAAACUGUACCUGCAAGAAUGACGCCAGUUGCGAUCACAUAACUGGUGAAUGCAUCUGCCCUGCUGGAUUCAUCGGGGAUCAAUGCGAUGAAAUUUGCCCUGAGGGGAAAUUUGGUCUGAAUUGUUCCCAAAAGUGUGAAUGUCGUAAUGGAGCUAAAUGUCUUGCCAAGAACGGAAGGUGUUUAUGUCAACCAGGAUGGAAAGGUUUUCAAUGUACAUUGACUUGCGACGAAGGAACUUACGGAACAAACUGCAGUCGGACUUGCGAUUGUUCCAAAGAUUCAACUUGUAAUCCUUUCACGGGAAAAUGCCAUUGCUUUUCGGGCUUUAUUGGAGAAAAAUGCAAGAAAAAAUGCCCAAAUUGGAAAUAUGGUACUGACUGUAAAGAAAGUUGCGAUUGUGACGUGACAAAAACUACUGGCUGUCAUCAUUCAACUGGAAAGUGCAUCUGUAGAAGUGGAUGGCAAGGUAUUAGAUGUGACACUCAAUGCCCAGAUGGUUAUUGGGGAGUUGACUGUCAAAUAGAAUGCUCAUGUGCAAGAAAUGUAUCAUGCAAUUCAAAGACGGGAGAAUGCCAAUGUCCACCCGGUUACGAUAAACCACACUGUAUAAAUAGAUGUAAGAUGGGAAAAUACGGUCCAGGAUGUUUAAAACAUUGUCCAAAAUGUCCAUCAGGACUUCACGAUUGCGAUAGUGUAACAGGAAAAUGUCCAUGCAAAGCAGGGACGUACGGGCCAUCUUGCACUCAAACUUGUCCCGAUGGUUUCUACGGAUUAAAUUGCUCGUCUAAAUGCCUUUGUAAUACACACGGAUCAACUUGCGAUAAGGAGACAGGAAAAUGUUAUUGUACAGCCGGCUUUAAAGGAGUUUUGUGUGAUAUAAAAUGCAGGGAAAAUAGAUACGGAGUAAAUUGUGCUCAAGACUGCAAUUGCUACAAUAGAGCAAGUUGCAAUUCAAUAGACGGAUCGUGCAUUUGUCCAAGUGGUUAUUCUGGGAUAUCAUGUAAAGACGUUUGUCCUUAUGGUUUGUACGGAAAUCGCUGCGAGAAUAGAUGCGAUUGCACGAAUUCUACCUAUUGCCAUUACCAAACUGGUCACUGCGAAUGCAACGCAGGUUACUAUGGCAAUAAAUGUCAAUAUGAAUGCCCGAAAGGAUAUUACGGUAUAAACUGUCAAUUAGAGUGUAAAUGUGAAAAUCAUGGAAGCUGCGAUAAUGUAAUGGGUAUUUGCACUUGUCCAGAUGGUUUUGAGGGUAAAAAAUGCGAAAGAAAAUGUUCAAAGAACUUUUAUGGUAAACAAUGCAAACAAAUUUGUCGAUGUCAGAAUGGAGGUAGUUGCGAUUCAGUAUCUGGAAGAUGUUUCUGCCCUAAGGGCUUUAAGGGUAAAACUUGCUCUGAAGAAUGUCCUAAAAACAUGUAUGGAUAUAAUUGCUUAAAAUAUUGCGCAUGCGCGCAUGGUAAACAUGAGUGUGAUCCCGUUUAUGGAAAGUGCACUCAGUGUGAUAUAGGUUGGGUCGGUGAAAAAUGUAACCUAAGUUGCACCAAUGGGACCUAUGGGCCUAAUUGCCAAUUGACCUGCGACUGUAAAACAAAUGAAAUAUGUGAUCAUGCUAAUGGAUGUACCAAUAAAUUUGCGAAUAAAGAAGCAACAAUAAAAGAUAUCAGUAACGCUUCAUCGCCAACUAUAAUUGGUUUAAUCAUAGGUUCUUUGGUAUUUGUUUUUAUUGUAAUAAUAUUAUUCUACUUUGUAUUUAAGUAUCGUGGAAAGCUUGCCAGAGCUAGAGAGAAUAAUACAGUCGCUUUUACAAACUCUGGCGAAAUUUCAAGUCAAGUACAUUUCGGACCAGCUCCAAUGUAUGCCGAAGCAUCAUCGCUACCAAUGCCAACAUUUGAUCCACCACCAUAUUCUGAAAAACCUUUCGAUGGCAAUGGAGAAGAAAUAAAAGCGGAUAUGUUUCAAGAAGAAAGAGAAGCGGAACAAGAAAUAGCUACAAUGGAAGAAAGACUGGAAGAAAACGAAGAAUAUUCCAACAAAUUGAAUACCGAAUCAUGUGUAUAAACUAAUAUCUUAUAAGAAAGAAAUGUAAAUUGUAGAUUAUUUAAUAAAUGUAAAUGUAUAUCUCUUCUCUCUUUUUCCUUCUCUUUCUCUUUCUCUUUCUCUCUCUCUCUCUUUCAGAAUAAAAUCUAUAAAUUAAACAACUAUAAAUAAUAAACUAUUGACUUGUAUAUACAAAAUA